AUGGAAGCUCAAUUGGCUUCACUCUGUAUUAAAUGGCAAGAAAACAUACCAGACCCUACCGCAGAACAAGUGAACCGCUCUCUCAAAGACCAAGUGCUGCAACAGCAACUGUAUUUAGCAUCGUUGCAACAUGUCAUGACUCAAUCCCCGUUCCUGACCCCAUCACGGAGCAAAGAACUCUACGACGGCAUGCACGGAUACUCCGAGCUUACGGAAACCAUGACCGAUUCUCAGCCCACUUGCCACUUCCAGUCGCAAUGUGCCAUGGGUGUUCGAAUCGUUCCGGCACUUAUGGGUCGGUUCACCCGACAACAUUUGCCAAGUGCAACAUUUAGCAACCCAUUUUCACACACGAGUGUCAUGGCCGAUGGCAACUACACUUACGUUUCCAACAUCCUCCUUUGUCGGAUUCCGCACCGACCACUGGAAGAGGCAGUGGCGGCGGCGUUGCAUUAUUUCCAGAACUUGUCAACAGAACUCAAAGCCCACGUGGGUGUGCACUGCGACCUCGGGCUAAUGCAGGAUUUAGGCGAAGCUCGAGCCUACACGCAAAUGCGGUAUCGCAACGGGCCCAAAUUUUUCUCAGCCAGCAACACGACACUGGCCGCUUGCAUCACGUCGGAGUCGGCGGUGGUUGUUGCCGAUUUUGUUGACAGGGACGCUCGCUACCCCAGUCAGAUGGAAGUGUCGGUCUGGACUCCUGUCUCUCGUACGUUGCUAAUGACGUCGGAGAGAGAUCCCGUGACUGGCCAGGAACACGUGCUACUGCAGCGUCUGAGCGUCAAUCGCUACAAUCUCUCACCCACUUCGCCGAGAUUGCACGACGAGAUCCGGUCCACGCUGCCCUGGUUUAACGGAGAUUUGUUCAUGGAAGUGCUCUGUCGACAACUGGAGCAAGGCAGCCCUGCAAGAGCGCUUCCGUCGUGUUAG